AUGGCGCCGCUCGGCCAGACGAUCGCUGUGAUUGACAAGUCCGGCAAGGUUGUUAGCACGAGUAAACAACUUUUCGGAGUCUUCAGUCAUGCCAAAGCUGCAUAUCGUGAGCGCAAGGCCCAUUUUGAUUCAGAACGCAGUGCCAAGGUUGCAGAGCAGCAGGCCCUCCAGGCUCUUGCCACUUACCAGAUUGACGAUGCACCAUCGGUAGCACCAUCCCGGCGAAGUCGUGCCUCGAGGUCACGACAUCAUUCUAGCCAUCAUCGCUCCCGUUCUCGAUAUGAGCAGGACUUACAUUCGGGCGUUGAGCGACCGAAGUCACUUUAUGAUCCACCAUCCGAUCUUCCUCGCCGACAUACUCACCAUGACCUUGUUGUUCGUGAGGCCGCUCCACGACCACAAACUGCUCGCUCCAAAUCAGAUGCACACAUCGACAUGGAUUUAGCAUACGGGGAAGCUCAUCCGGUCGCUCUAGCAAAAUACAGUCCUCCUCCGCCUCAGAUAGAAAAUGUUACGGAUCAAAAACAGCUGGACGGUCUGGUUGACCGUGCACAAUGGCUUCUACAAGAGGCACACUGUGUUCAACAUAGUGCAACCGCUACAAUCGCCCAUCUACAAAAAAACCCCGACGCCAUGGCCGCUGUCGCUCUCACCCUUGCAGAGAUCAGCAACAUCGCCACCAAAAUGGCCCCCACAGCUUUAACUGCGCUCAAAGCGGCUGCCCCCGCAGUUUGGGCACUACUUGCGAGCCCCCAAUUCCUCAUCGCCGCCGGAGUCGGGCUGGGAGCGACAGUUGUCAUGUUUGGUGGAUACAAGAUUAUCAAAAGGAUUCAGGCAGGCGUCACUGGCAACACCAACGAGGCGGAGGAUGUUGAAAUCCAAGAGCCGGCCGAAGAAGAAGAAAUGGAGGACAUGAUGGAAUUGAAUGUGCAAUCUCUUAGUCGGGUUGAAAUGUGGAGACGCGGCGUGGCUGAUGUCGAAGCUGACAGCUUGGGCACAUCUGUCGAUGGAGAAUUCAUUACCCCUCGCGCUGCUGCGUUGUCUGGGAUCGAUGUGACUACCGCUCGAAUGGAAAGAGAUCCUCGGUUCAAAUUCAGUGAUGAUGGUUCGGUCGCUACAUCUCGUCGCUCUCGUCGCUCCCGCACAUCUAGACCUCGAACAAAUGCGCCCUCGGGCCACUCAAAACGUGAAUCAAAGUCACAGGCCCCUCCCAGGAGCUCAGCUAGCUUCUUCUCCAGGGCCCCGAAGGAACAAGUAAGGUCUUCAAGUAGGGCACCCAGUCGAGCACCUUCUCGAGCACCUAGUCAAGCUCCAAGCAGAUCAUCAAGCAGAUCGCGAAGUAAAGCGCCGAGCAGAGCGCCUUCAAAGGCGAACUCCCACAUAUCAGAAAGGGAGAGACGCCCGAAAGAGAAGAAAAAGAAGGGCCCCAGCCGCUUACGUCUCAUGUUUACUCCUUGA